AUGACUGCUUUCAAGGCUUCCACUUGCUGCCGCCAGGGCGAAUCUGCCGAGUGUGCUUGUGCCCAGCAAGCUACUUGCAGCUGUGGCCAGAAGCCCGCUCUUCACUGCACCUGCGACAAGGCCAGCACCGAGAACUCCAUCCAAGCCGGUGCUCGCUGCUCAUGCCGUGCUCGUCCUGCCGGUGAAUGCACUUGCCAGCGCGCUGCGACCGAGAACGUUCGCCCUGCCGGUGCCACCUGUGCUUGCGGUGUCCGUCCCGCCGAUGCCUGCACCUGUGAGAAGGCUGCCGACGGCGACUUCAACCCUGCCAACGAGGUUGACUUUACUACCCGCAAGUAG